GCUAUCUCUUUCACGCGUGCAGCCCAAUUUUAAGACCGGUACCGCUACCGAUAGAAAAUGUAAACAAACGUCAACACAAAUUCAACCAGUGCUCAUCCCUCCCGUGAAAAGUUUCCCGAUAGAAAGCGUGAAAAUGGCCUCAAAUCAGGACAAGAAAAGUGGCUUGAUGUCCCAUGCAAUUUCCCGGCUCUACAAGCAGCGUCUGGAGGAAGUGGAAAGGGAACUCCUUCUUGCCCAGCAGCCAGAACCUCCGACUGCGGAUGACCGAGCGCGUGAUGCUGUGCCAGUGCAGUUUGAAGAUGUUCCGAUGCCCAUGGAAGUGAUCGACGAUGCUGCUCCGCUUAGCGAAAGCGAGGAGGAAGGUACGACCAACGCAAGCAGCGUCGAGGAUACAGACGUGGAGGAUAUCCAGGUCGAGGUGGAAAUGCCAGACCAUCCGUACGGAGAUCUUUCGUGCGAGGAUGGCUUGAGGAUGUGGGCCCUGCAAACUGGACAAACUCAUCGGAGUUUGAACCUUUUGCUGGGCCAUUUGCGACAUCACUUCCCCCAGACCAAAUUGCCACGAGAUGCACGGACGUUGAUGAACACGCCUGUGUCCGGAGCACCGGAGACAGCCCUUACACCCAUCGCAGGUGGGCAGCUGUGGUACCAGGGUGUGGAAAAAUGCCUGCUUUCAUAUUUUCGGUAAGCAUGUUUUAAAUUUCAUUAAACUGACAGUGCUCCUGGUCAUGUGCUCAUUUUUUUUUUCUAUUCCAGCG